AUGAGCUCACAAGCGAGCGAUGUUACAGACGAGGAAGUACACGCUUCCAUCGAAAAGAUUCUUUUCACGGAGUGUCAGCCGUGUACAAUUUUGAAACUUUCGAGACGAGCUAAUUGCAUAACAACUCAGGCUUACAGGUGCCUUCACGAUUACUAUCUCAAGGCCAGAAAGAAACACGACGGAUUGCGGCCAAUCCACAUUGUCAAAGGCUUCCGCGAGAAAGAUGGAAUCACCAUUGAAAUUACGCGACUUGCUGAAGCAAAAGAUUUGGAGAAAAUUCAAAGCGAACUGGAAAAUAGUGAAAACCGUGGAAUCUAUGCGAUUACAGUUGGUCCCAUACAGGAUUUACACUCACUUUUGCAAGGUGAUCACGUCGAGAGCCCUCAAUUUCAAUAUGUCGAUGGGCAUCUCUCGGCCGUAGAUGGUGAGGAAUUAGCGCUUCGAUUUCGAUCUCAAAUGAGUGAAGCUGCUGAGGCAGAUAGAGCCGCUGCUGCAGCCGCUAAUGAGGCUUAUGAAACGCAGAUCAGACAGGAGCAAGAAGCUAAGAAGAAACCGCCAAAAAAAACCGACCCAUCAAUCCAAGCCAUGUUUGAAAAGGUUCAACAACGAACUUCUCCCAAGAAAGAAACUUCGAAGUCACCCUUUGGCUCCCCACUCAAGAAGGAACAAACUCCUCAAAAAAAACGUGGACGAAAAGUUGUAGUAGAAUCAGAUGAUGAAGAUUCGCCAAUGAAGAAGAUUUCCGUUGCCAGUAAAAAGGAACUCACUCCUGUUCGUGAGUCUUCUAAAGCAUCUGCUUCAAUUGAUGACAUUUUUGAUGCUGAUGAUGCAACUCCUGAGAAAAAGCCAACGCAAGAAGAUGAUGAUGAUGAUGAUGUGGAAGAAAAGAAACCUGCACCCAAAAAGACUAAAACCGUUACGAAAAAUGUGAGACAGCCGUCAUUCAAAUCAUCUGCUCCGAUUCGAAAGGUUAAAGAAGUUAAGUUAGAAACGAGCAGCUCACCGGAAGUUUUGGAUACGACGGCAGCGGGAGAACCAAAAAGAAAAAAAAUCAUCAAGAUUCAAGGACAGGAGACCGUUUUGGAUGAAGAUGGAUUUAUGGUUACUCGCCCUGCUAUGGUCGAGAUGGAAGUCGACGAUGAUGAGGAACAGAACGAACAAUCACAGAAGAAGAAAGAUCAAGAAAGAGCUCUCAAACCAGCAAAUGUUGUUGUGGAUAACAAGACCAAAUCAAAGCAACAAAAGCCAGCUCCCGGUGGUCAACGCAGCAUCUCUUCAUUUUUCGCGAAGAAAAAG